CUGGCCUUGCGAACAACCAAGCGACACCCUCGGCAAACUCAACAGCGUUCAAUGAGACUCAAAUGACAAAUGGCACAUCAGAAAUUGCAACUUUCAACACAACUAGUGCAAAUGAAAUCCUAUCGAUCCCACCAUCAUCGAUGGAGUUUCCUACAUUUUCCUGCGAAAUAAAUAGUUCAGAAUUUAACAGCGAUGGAUCAAUUUCAAUUUCAAGCAACCCUGCAGUUGAUGGCGUAUAUCGCGUAGCUUGUGGUAAUCUGUACUUUUUCAGCAAUUCUUCGAAAAAUUGGAGUGAAGCCUAUUCUGACUGCUGCAAGCGGAACAUGAGUCUUUUAAAAUUCGAAAACGACGCAGAACACUCUUGCAUCUCAACAUCUAUCAUUGCGAGGAAAUACUAUUAUUUUGAGACCGAUGCAAAUUGGUGGAUCGGUGCAUCUGAUAUGGGAAACGAAAGCAUUUACAAAUGGGUCUAUUCCACAAUGCUGACGACGGAUUUAAACCUCACGCAGUCAAUAAAAUUCGUAUCAGGGCAACCCAACAGUUCCUGCGACGUGGAAGAUUGUUUAGCGGGUGUAAUUGUGGCGUCCAAAGUGCCGCCCAAUAACCUGCUACUUGAUGAUUUAGAUUGCUCCACGAUGCAGAAGUACAUUUGUGAGUCUCAGAUGCCAAAACCAGCUCCUUUCCCUGAAUGCGAUAAUUCUUUGUGUGUUUCUGACAAUACAACAAAAACACUAGUGCUGUUGGCAAACCAAAUUGUAAAUCAAAUCAUUUCGCAAAAUCUAACUCUUUAUCAACCAACUACCAUCAACGCGGUAUUCUUCAGAGCUUGCAACAGCGUUUAUUUUUACCUAAAAAGCUUUAUAACUUGGAGUGCAGCAAUCACGGAAUGCUGCAAAUACGGCUUUAGUCUUCUGAGCGUGGAAAAUUACGAAGAGCACCUUUGUUUGGUGAAUUUUAACAAUUCAACUUUGAAUGCUGAAGGCACAUUCUGGACUUCGGGAACUAAUCAAGGCGUGCUUAGCGAGAACAAUUACGGCUAUUGCUCAAAUUCGCAAUUGAUCGAUCAGUCUCCUUCUUUUUGGAAAUCAGGACAACCAAAUUCGCCAUGGCUUGAGCGAUGUCUGUCGUUUGACUUGAGAAAGGCUUCUCUCGGUGCAAACGGCCUCUCAGAUCAACUAUGCACGAACAAAUUGUACCCCAUUUGUAAACUUAACAAAUUUUAAAUCACAGUUUGUCACUUAAUUUCGAAUUAAUUGAUUUCAAUCAUAUAAAAAUCUCCACGCUACCAGUGAUAGUGAUGCGACAUAGAAAUAAAAUUAUAUGGAACAAAAAUUGAAAAAUUCCAAUUUCAAAAGGAUAUUAAUUUAUUUGACACAGUCUUAUAUAUUUCCCACGGCCAAACCUUUGGUAAGGCUUUUCCGAUUUGUAUAAAAUUUUAUACAGGUUGAUUGCUCUAGCAAUAAGAGGUUGCAUGAAAACA